UCGAAUUCGGAAGUUCUUAGCCGAUUUGAAUCUUGUUUUAGGACCGGUCUCACAUGCAACUACUUACGGACCUUUACCAAAUUUCUAUCCGAUCAGAUUUCCUCAAAACCUUGACCUCCGCAAUGCUCAUCAACAGUUCUUGUCAAAACGACCAACUGCUCAUUCGCAAUCUUGGAGGAAAACACACUCAAGAAUCUGCGCUCAGAACUUCCCUAAUGAGCAUCGGCUCCCGCGAUCAAAGUCAGCAAAUAAGCAUUACGAGAUUGAGAAGAGACCGAGAGACAAAAUGAAUCAACUGAUGAGACAGCGACCAGUCAAUAACACUGAUAUGCCGUACAUGAACUAUCAGCCACCAAAUAAACCCGGACACCACCGCCAAACUCAGACAAACAACCAAAACCAAACUCCUCUGCACAGCCCUGAAGCUGAUCAUCCAUCUAUUGAAGCAGUCAAACACAACAAACCUGACUUACAAGGACCUGAAGAUUACAACGAGUGCCCUAACGAUCUAGAUGAACAUGUUAACAAUCUUUCAGAGCAAGAGCAGGCCUACAAGACAAUUUCUGACAACCAUGAUCCUGAAGUUCUACCUGAGAUUGUGCCAGAAUCCGAUGAUCCUCAGGUGACCGAACCAGCUUUUAGCAUGGACAACUACAGUGCAAGAGACGUCAAUUGCUGGGCUAGGACUCUGUCGGAUGAUCAAUUUGAACAACUACGAAUCUUAGGCCCUGCGAGCCGGAUUGAAUCAUUCCGACAAUAUGCCAUCACAAACCUUGAUCAACCAACUCAGACUUUUACUCAGAUAAUGUCAUCAACUCCUCAGUCAAAUCAAGAACCACUCAGUCAAAUCCCAAGUGAAGUAGCUGACAACCACAAUCAAUAUGUUGACUCAACAUCCAAUGAAACCAACAACCCUUUUCUUCAUUCACAUCAUGUCAACCACCAACCAUAUCAAUCCACCCACUCUAGUUAUUAUGACUGCUCCAACUACAACAUCACUGAUCUUGAUGAGAAUCCAUAUGACACAGUAGUUCAUGAGGAUGGUGUUUUGGAUGAUGGCAGUUUUGGAGAUGGUGGACCUGACAAUUGCGGUUUUGACACUGGCAAAUUUGACGAUGGCGGCUUUGACGAUGGCGGCAUUAACGAUGGCGGCUUUGACGAUGGCGGUUUUGACAAUGGCGGUUUUGAUGAUGGCGGUUUUGACGAUGGCGGCUUUGAUGAUGGUGGUUUUGAUGAAGGCGGUUUUGAUGAUGGCUAUGGUUCCCCUUAUUAUUAG